AUGGCAAAGAAAGACGCAAAGUCAAAAAGUGCGCCUGUUAUAAAGAAACAUGGCAGCUCUGUUGCUGCAGAACCUACAGCGAAUGCAAUUUCGCUCUUUCAGGAGCUGGGUACUUCCAUGAAGAUCUCGUUCAAUAGUUAUAUUUCGGAAACAAAGGACAACCAAAAGUUACGCUUGAUCGACGCUUUCCUGGUGUUUUUGGUGUGUCUCGGGAUCUGGCAGUUUCUUUUCUGCCUGCUGGUCGGAACGUUCCCCUUCAACGCAUUUUUGGGAGGGUUUAUUGCAACCGUGGCGCAAUUUGUGCUUACAGUGUCGUUGAGGUUACAAACUUUGGAUACCAACAAAACCGUGUUCAAAGGAAUCACUCCAGAACGCGCAUUGGGUGACUAUAUAUUUGCCAGCUUGGCAUUGCAUUUUGUCGUUCUUCAUUUCAUAAAUUGA